AUGGCCACAAAUACGGAUAAGACUAAUCUAAAUCGAAAUGACCCCAAAUUUCGUCGUAAAAUUGUUCUUCCAUGUGUUAUUCCAUGGGAAUCAGGUUCAAAUAAAUACGCUAGCCAAAAAGGAAGUGGCGGCUUUGGAAUGCUUCGAAACGCAACGACAGUGGUAACGAGUAGUAAAGGAUUAAGUGAAAGUAAUGACGGCGUCGUGCCUUGGAUCAAUUGUCCUCCUUUGAAAGACAAAGAACUCGCAUCACAGUCUGGUUUGACUCCAUUCGGUGGAUUUCGAGAACAUGUGGCCAAAGUUCAAGAAAAGGAUGGUGAAGCAAAGAAAGAUAUCAACAAACUGCUCAACGAUCGAAGCUCGGAACGAAUCCUCACGAUCUGGUCACAGCCAAGCCCGCAAGCGAAAAACCUUCAACCUUUUGGUAAGCAACGAGGUGCCGUAACGCCAUCUGUUGGUGGAAGGAGUUUCAGUGAGAAGGAGCUGAACGAGUGUCGGGCCGCCAUUCCUCGAUUCCAGGAUCCUCGAGAAACGUUCGCUGCGAAAGCACAAAAACCCGCCGAGGGAUUUGCAACGGGCCUUCAUAAUAAUCGAAAGACAAUAACGCAUAUCGAGGGAUUGGAUAGGACAGAAAAAGAUGAACUCGAUUCCAAUCGGUAUAUGGCUUGGUUAGGCGGUCAAGUGAGCACUUAUGAGAUUUUAACACUGCAGUCGCAGACCAGAACCGGCGGCUUUCAAAAACCACGUGAUGUCGUUUCAACAUCCUAUUAUGAUCGUGUUAUGAGUGAACGAUCACCAACCGUCAAAGAGGUCCGUGAACAGCGAGAAGAACAGCAAACAAAAACCUCAGCCACACCGACAACAAACAAUCACUCCCUAAAAAGUGAUAUUGUUGAUAAUGUUGAACGUAGUGAUUCGCAGUCGAACAUCGCUGAAAAUGGUGAUAUUACUGAUUGA